UAUUGAAUAGGCCGGAACGGACAAGUGACAAGAACCAAAUUCGAUAUUACAAUCACCACAAGAAAAAUAGCAAAAAGCACAGUGAAGGGCAGCUUGAAUGGAUACAGAUAGCGUCGAAGAAGAACAAACACAACGAAAGAGGAGUAGCAAACUUAGCCGGUCAUCGGUCUGUAGUAGCGUUACUCAUCAUACAUAGCAGUACAAUUUCGAGUAGUGAAUACUGGAUAACAGAAAGCCUUUCAUAAGAAUCGAAAUCGAGUCGUCACCCUCAAGAUAAACGAAAACUAUAGGUUCGAUAAAAUACUCUCGUCAUUAAUAAAUAAAAAUCUAAAAAAAAAAUCUCAAUAAAAUAUAAUGAAUCAGCAAAACAUAUCCGCCUCAGCAAAAAUCAGAGGACGAAAGACUUAGAAAUAAUACCAAUGGCGACCAAGACGUGGAAGAUAAUACCAAGACCAUUACUUGAAACAAUUUUAAACAACCAUGCUCAGCACCACCGCGUUCCUCAGCCUCUCAUACUCCAUGGCCCCGCGGCACCGGCAAAACCACCCUCAUUCUCGAACGUCUCCUUAACGACUAGAACAAAGGCCCUCAUAUCACCAGUUAUGUGGACUUUGCUCAAUCGGUUAAGGACCAUCAUUUGCAGCGUAACAACUCUUUCUCAUAGGCGUCUUGGUCUACUUGUGAUUCCUCGGCUCUUUCCAGUUGUAAAACCCAGCUCGAAACUUGCCUUGAAUCAAUGGCUUAUAAGGGAAUCCAGCUCGGCACCAUUACCUCCAAUCAAAUCUUCUCCAUUCUAAAUAAAUGCACCGCCUCGACACCGCCAUUCGCUGCAUAAUAAUCCUGAAUAAUUACGGUAGUCCAUCAAGAUAAAAAAAAAUGCCAUUUUUGAUAAGAUUUUUGGUUCAGUUCUUUGGGUGCAGGAAGAUUUCACACUAUCUGCUCGAUCAAAUGCCCAAGAGAUUGAUGGGCUUCCAGGAUUGGUGGAUAGAGGAAAGAGUUUGUCAUUAGAGGAAACUUCAUAUUUUAGAGAGGCGAUUGUAGCGUUGAGAUUGGCUAAGAAGGUGAUUAAAGUGCAGCAAGGCGAUUGUAGCGUUUAUUUUCAUUAGACGAUAGGAAUAUGUAGUUAACUAAGAAAUUUUCUUCAAUUCUCUG